CAAAAACCGUUGGAAGGUACACAGGAAGCAAGCUAUGCUACCCACCUAGAAGCUCUAGUGCCUGGUACCUAUCUAGGUACCUGUUAGGGCAUCUUUUUUAGCCAAUUACUGGCGUUAAUGAUCCGAUGCUUAGCGGACAUGGCGAUAUGAAACCCCUGUAAUCUCUAAAGCUUGGCACUGACUAGUUUCCCUUGAACAAUUUGAUCACUACGCAUCUUCCCUAGGCUGUUUCAUAAAUAUCGUCUCAAAAUACCAUAAUCUACGCGAGAAGAGGGGACAUGGCUGGCCAACAGCCGCCGCGGACAGGCCUGUCCUUAUACGCGAACCUUCUCGAUCCCGACGGCGACUCGUCUGCUUCUAUAUCACGCGCGCCGGUUGUGUCGCAACAAGCACUCGAUGCAGUGAAAGGACAAGAAGCUUCCAAGAAACCCCUCGACCCCGCUCUACGCUUUCAACCACAUCCGCAAAUCCGUCGCCCGCAACAAAAAACCCAGAAACCCAAAGCUAGCUUUCCAAAAGCACCUCCUCCACCUAGUACUUCGAAUGUCCCUAGCACCGCGCCCAACCCAGCUCCCGCGAAGAGUAGGUUAGCUGACUGGGCGCCUACCGAGGAGGACGAGUACAUGUACGGCACCGGCGAGAAGAGAGCACGUGGUGGGCGGAGGAAGAAAAAGAAGAAGGCCGAAGACAUCCCCGCUGAGACAGAUUGGGACGAGAUAUAUGACCCUUCGAGACCUACGAAUGUUGACGAGUAUUUAAGGAGCGAUGAGCGAAUACAAGAGGUGCGUGAAUGGAAGGACUUGCUUUACAGGCAUAGACGGCGCGAGGACGACGAUAGACGUGGAAGUUGGGAUAGUUCGGACGAGGGAGAUACGGCUCCCGUGCAAAAUCAGUUUGCGCCACCCGAUUCUUACUCCUUCGCACCACCUCCUCCGUCACCCCCGCGGGCUUCAGUACCAGACGACAAAACUGGCGACGAUGCAUAUGCUCGGCGACUAGCCAUGUCUCAAGGAAAUGUGCCACCACCACCGCAAUCUCCCACACCGCCGCCACCUCCGCCUCCACCAGCAGCAGCAUCCUCUAUAUCGGAACCCGCAACUAUAUCUCGUGCGCCGGUGCGCUAUACACAACCAGAUCCUCCCACACAACCAAAUGCGCCGCCAGAUCCAGACGCCAUGGACGAGGACGAAGACGAAUAUGUGCCGCCCGAGGCUAACACCGAGGAUGAUCUAGAAGAGCGUAGUAACCGACCUGGCCAGAAAGGUUUCGCCGCACGUCUCAUGGCCAAAUAUGGAUGGGCGAAAGGGCAAGGUCUGGGCGCUGAGUCUAGCGGUAUCUUACAACCGUUGCGCGUCGAGGUUGAAAAACGAAAGAAGAAAUCAGACGCCGAAGGUGGCGGGUGGGCCGAACCCGGCGGACGAGGACGCAUCAUCGGCUCUAAGACUGGUGCCGCGCCCCAGCCCGAGAGUAGCGGCGGUAAGUUCGGGCCGAUGAGCAAUGUUGUCGUUCUGCGGAAUAUGCUCGAGGGUAUGGAAGAUCUCCAGGGUGAGAUGGAGUCUGGAUUAGGGCAAGAGAUCGGCGAAGAGUGCGGUGACAAAUAUGGCCGUGUGGAAAGGUUGUACAUCGAUGUCGAAGGCCGGCGGGUAUACAUCAAAUUUACCGAUUCAGUCUCAGCUUUAAGAGCAGUGAAUGCUCUGGAUGGCCGCAUAUUUGCCGGCAACACCAUCCAGCCGCAGUUCUACGACGUCGAGAAAUUCGAACAAAGGGUUUAUGAGUAAUGAAAGCAUAGCCGCGAAGAUAGAGAAAGAAAGCCCCGUCGUCGUUUAGGAAGGCGAGGGACAGCUGUACAACUUACCGAGUCGAACUAGUACGCGUAUUGUACUCUAUCUAGUAUAAUGUAUUUACGAUUCAUUCCAAUCCCG